CCAUUCGUCCUUAGUCCCUUCCUAUCCAUACAUAAAGGGAGCUCCCUUGACACCAAAUGCUCACCUGCAACUUCCACCAAUAGCACCUUUCAUUUCAAUCGCUUCCGCCCGUCAGAUCUGAGUCUGUCUGGCUCUGCAACUGUAAUCAAAACCGGGGCCCUUCGCCUAACUGACGGUCAGCUUAUGAGGGAUGAUCCAGGCAGAAGCGGCCACGCAUUUUACCCAACUAUUCUGCAAUUCAAAAACUCUGAGAAUGCUAAGACAACUCAAUCGUUCAGUACUCGUUUCGUGUUCGAAAUCGUAUCGGAGCUCCAGGAGUCAGGUGGCCAUGGCUUCGCCUUCGUCGUGGCGCCCUCCACCAACUUCUCCGGAGCCAUUGGAGACCGCUAUCUCGGCCUCUUCAACCAGGGGAACGACAGAAACCAAAGCAAUCAUAUAUUUGCAGUUGAAUUCGACACCGUUCAACAAGCAACUUUGAAGGAUAUAGAUGCAAACCAUGUGGGCGUCGACGUUAACAGUGUGAUAUCCAAUGCCUCUGCUCCUGCUGCUUACUAUACGGAGCUUGGCCGGAAAGAAAAUGUGGUUCUGGACAGCCGGACGCGCAUUCAAGCAUGGAUUGAGUACGAUGGCAACGAGAAGCAGCUGAAUGCCACCAUAGCUCCAUUGUCACACCCACUCAAACCUAACCGCUCCCUCAUAUCAUAUCACAUCGAUCUAUCUCCUGUUUUGAACGAACAUAUGUAUGUUGGCUUCUCUUCUGGUACGCAAGCUCUAGCAAGCAAGCACUAUAUCUUGGCAUGGAGCUUCGCGAUGGACGGAGAAUUACCAGAACUGGAUCUCCUAAGCCUUCCCUCUAUUCCUCGGGAUCGUACUCCUCUGUGGAAGUCAUUUAAGUUGUUCUUGUCAGUUUUUGUAGCAUUAGGGGCUCUGUUGUUGCUCAUCAUCACAGUUAUCAUUUCUUAUUUGAUCAGAAGGAAGAGGAAGCUGACGUCUGAGAAGAUAGAAGGAUGGGAGAUGGACUACCCACAUAGGUUCCCGUACAGGGAACUCUACAGGGGAACCAACUGUUUCAAGCAGGAGUUGGGGAGAGGAGGUUUUGGCGUUGUCUACAAAGGUGUGCUGCCCAGAAGCAGAAUGGAGGUUGCAGUCAAGAGAGUAUCACAUGAUUCAAAGCAGGGGAUGAGGGAGUUUGUAGCAGAAGUAUCCAGCUUGGGGAGGAUGAGGCACAGAAACCUGGUCCAAUUGCAGGGUUGGUGUAGAAGAGGUGAACAGCUGCUCCUCGUCUAUGAAUUCAUGCCAAACGGGAGUCUGGAUAGCCAUCUUUUUGAGAUGAAACGGAGCAGCCUCGGUUGGGAGCAGAGAUUCAAUAUUGUAAAGGGAAUUGCUUCCGGCCUGCUGUAUCUUCAUGAAGAGUGGGAGCAAGUCGUCGUGCACAGAGAUGUUAAAGCAAGUAAUGUGUUGUUGGAUGGUGAUCUCAACGGCAGGUUGGGUGAUUUUGGGCUCGCCAGACUCUAUGAUCAUGGGACCAAUCCCAAGACCACCCACAUAGUCGGGAGUUUCGGUUACAUGGCGCCGGAGCUCUCCCGCACCAGCAAGUCCACAACGAGCUCCGAUGUCUACUCUUAUGGUGUCCUUCUCCUGGAGGUGGCCUGUGGAAGGAGGCCCAUUGAACCAGAGCGCCCCCCUGAGGAGGUUGUUCUGGUGCAUUUAGUUCGUUCGCUGUGGAAGGGUGGGCGAAUACUGGACGCCAUGGACAAGAGGCUGGGGAAUAACUACGUGGUGAAUGAAGCAGAACUUAUUCUGAAGCUCGGCGUGCUCUGUUCACAGACAGCACCGGAAUCAAGGCCAACCAUGGGGCAAUUGACUCAGCUUCUUAAUGGCGAGGUCUCCCUACAAGAAUAUCUAAGAUACAAGGAUUUGAUUAUUCAAGAAGAUGCCGGCAGGGACCAACUGAUGCUGCAGUAUCCUUCGUCGGAGAAGGUAUCAAUAUUAUCAACCUCAGGAAACUCGGGCUCAUAAAUUAUGCAGACAACUCCGGCAUCUCAUUGCAGAGAUAUCAGUUGAAGCCAUUGAUCAAGUUGUGAAGCUUUCUGAAGUUCUGAAUAGGAGAAUCUGCUUGAGGUUCCCCAUGACCGGUUUCGUUGAGAGAACUCUUGAUUUUAGUUGUUUUUUAAUCUGGUCACCGUAUACCAUUUCCCAGUCCACGUAUAGGUAUCGCCUACCACAAUGUGUAUAUAUAAUCGAAUUACAGCACUUUACAUAAUACUAUUUUUAAUUCCCUAAACUCGCUCGGGAGUUCGCCUAGUCCACCGCCUUAAAUAG